GGAGGGGGCAGGGAGCGAGGUAUCAUGGAGGAUCAGUAGGCAAACUGUGGUCAUCAGAGGAGAGCGGCUACGGCUCUGAUCCCCGGGACUUUCUCAACUGUUCAACUGUUCAUCAGUUUAAUCACCUCGAACGGAAGAUUCAAGAAUGGACAUGAAGAAGAGGAUCACCUUGGAGCUGCGGAACCGGAGCCCGACGGAGAUUGCAGAGCUGGUGCUGGACAACAGUCGCUCUGCAGACGGCGAGGUGGAGGGUCUGACAGACGCGUUCACAGAGCUUGAGUUCCUCAGUAUGGUCAACGUGGGUCUGAGCUCGCUGGCGAAACUGCCCUCACUGCCCAAACUACACAAGUUGGAGCUGAGCGACAACAACCUGUCAGCUUCUCUGGAGACGCUGUCAGAAAAAUGUCCAAACCUGACCUACCUCAACCUGAGCGGGAACAAGAUCAAAGAGCUGAGCAACGUGGAGGCUCUGCAAAACCUGAAGAGCCUGCAGAGUCUGGACCUGUUUAACUGUGAGAUCACGUCUCUGGAGGACUACAGGGAGAGCGUGUUCGAGCUGCUGCCUCAGGUCACCUACCUGGACGGAUUUGACCAGGAGGACAACGAGGCGCCCGACUCUGAGGCAGAUGAUGAAGACGAGGACGGCGAGGACGGGGCGGGGCCGACAGGAGACUACGACGAUGACGACGACGAAGAGGAGGACGAGGACGGCUCAGAGGGAGGAGAGGUGGGGCUGAGCUUUCAGGUGAACCGUGCUAACCAGGAUGACGAUGAGGAUGAAGACGACUAUGCAGAGGAGGAGGAGGAAGAGGAUAAAGCGGGCGUUCAGGGACAAAAGAGGAAGAGAGACGUGGACGACGAAGGCGAGGAUGAUGACGACGACGAUGACGACGACUAGCCGCCCGGCGAUGGUCGUCUGUGUGUCGUCCUGUCCUGUUUCUGUCCGUCUCCGUCCUCCUCCGGAUCCGACCUCCGCCAGACAACAAACAAACAAGUCGACCAGUCAGGGCGCAGCAACAGGAACAGUGUGAUCAGUUUUCACUUCUUUAGAUCUAUCAGGACACGCCUCCCUUUAAAACCGGGAUCAAACUAUGACCCCGCCUCCUGUCCCCAUCCUGGACUCUGAUCCUGGACUCUGAUCCUGGACUCUGAUCCUGGACUCACGCCGACAUCCUCCGCCGGACCGCUCAGACAAAUAAAUCAGGUGUGAAUUUUUCUGCUUCAGGCCGACGCCCACUCUUGAGACGAAACGCCGUCUGUCCUGAAGAUCUGGAAAGUUCCCGAUGCAGAGUCCAGUCCAGCUCAGACCACAAGACUCCAGCCUCAGAUACUGAACUUAAAACCCAAAUUCUGAUUGGUCCAUGUGAUGCUGCACGUGAACGUUACCAUGGUUACAGUGGAUGUGGGAUGUAACCACGCGCUCAUCUGAUUUUAGAAACACCGUUUUGUCAUUUUUAAAGAAGUGCGAGCGGCGCCGUGUUGUUGUUUUAUCCGUGGCGUUCGUGCAUCUCUUAUAAGUUAACGCUGUUAUAUUCAGUUUGCACGCCAUGUCUGAACGCCUCCCUUAUUCAGCUACUGAGACAGAUGGCGCCCACUGCUGUUUGUUACAUCCUUACAUGUGAUGUCAUCAAAUCAGACGACCAGAGUCCACCUAGAACCAAACUCCAAAACCUUCUGAACAGGAAGUGAAUCCUUUGAUUGACAGCUUCACACCCACCCCGCCAGUCAAAAUACUUGCACGCUGGGCGCCAAUCGUCUGGUGACGCCAUUUAGAGUCUGAGCGGUGGAUCCCGCCCCUUUAACACGAACACAUUCAAUAACCUGCUGAAAGGUCAAAGGUCGCUUUCAGACAUCUCGGCACCUCUGUCCUCGUUACCGCCACCGCUUUCUUCUUCUGAGGUUAUUUAAUGGCAGUUAGCAGCUGCCAUCUGGUGGCCGGAGAGCGUAACAACCAGACGAUCCAGGACGCCAUCAGCGCGGCGAUGGUUAAUCUCUUUUUAACAUUCGUUCAGUUUAGCGCCGAGGUUUUGGAUCUUGUGGUCUGAACUGGAUCUCAAAGAACCUGAUCCAUCUUCAUCACAUGACUCUGAGCCAGGACACACCUGAGACACACCUCCUUCUGCGUCUGGACUCUAACAGGACCAAUCAGGGACGAGUUUCAGGAUCUCAGAUUCCCCACCAUCUUUGACCCUUUAGCUGCUGAUCAGGAUGAGUAGUGAUCACUCCGCCCGUCACACCUGCUGUAGACAUGAUGAUAUUCCCCGUGUGUGUUUGAUUUAUUGUAGGGGGUUUCCCAGGGAAGAUUAGGGGGGCAGGUGGGAGCAAAGUUUAGUCUGAUGUGUUUUUUUGUAUGAUCUUUUUUUCCUUGAAAAGCUGUUUUGUAGUUUGAUGUGAAAGCGAGCGCCGUGUCCUCAAACAGCCCGUCCCCUCGCCAUGUUCAGAUCGCUGUCGUGUCACUACUCAGGCUCCGCCCCCCUGAAAUAUACCUCAACCUCCAACUGAACCUGCAGCUCCUCUUAAGGGAAUAGUUUUCCUUCAUGUAGACCAAACCUGCGCUGCGUUCAGGUGCCUCUGUUCAAAACGCUACGUUCAGGUGCCUCUGCUCAAAACGCUACGUUCAGGUGCCUCUGUUCAAAACGCUGCAUUCAGGUGCCUCUGUUCAAAACGCUGUGUUCAGGUGCCUCUGUUAAAAAUGCUGCGUUCAAGUUCUGACAUUUAAAAUAAUUACUGACCAAUCACAGCCCACUCUGUAAGUCACAGAGCACCUGAACGCAUCCUGACAGGUGAACAGUGGAUUGUGGGAUUUGUAGGAGGUGUAGCGUGGGUUUGAUGGAGGCGGAGCCAGAAGUAGAACACGCCUGCC